AUGAGUCGCCGCCAGCAUGGAGGACCCAAAUCUGCCAACCCAGAGCAGCAGCUGCGCCAGGAGGCGACCGUCUUUCUGUCCCCUGAUGUGGAGAAGGAGCUCGCACAAAUUCUGCAGCGGCGUGAGAGUGUGGAGAAGGCGCUGCAGCGGAUGGACGUGGAGGUGUAUGACUUAGAGACCGCAUUCCUCAAGCAUUGUGUGUCGCAUGGCGGCUCGCUCUUCGAUGGCUUCGGUCUUGAGCGCCGCGAGAACGCACACCGCAAUCCUGUGGCCGUCCUCACCCCACUCGCAACCUCAUCGUCUUCUAUUGGAAGAGGCGGGGGUGUAAUUUCGCUGCCCAGAUUUGACGCCAUUUCCACUUCUGCGCCGGGUUCUCCGCUGCUCUCCACGAUUGCAAACGGCGAACACGCGCGCAAGUAUCGUGUCCUCUCCAGCUGCUUCGGAGUCGGUGGCAUUGGCGGAGAAAGCAACGGCAGCGCAGCCCCAGAUCUGGCCGUCACCUCUCACUCUCCGACAUCGCUGAAAACCCUUGCCAGCGUUGCACCACCUACAGCUUCCGCGGCCGUCUUUCAGAUCGGUAGCAAAGGGUCGUCAGCACCUGCGUUUCACUACCGCAUCCACUUCUUUAGCCCCAGCGAGCGUGUGUUCUCCGCUUGCUCUGUCGGGGCGCUGAGCCGCGUGGAGAUAGCCAAGUCGACUCUCGCUGGCUCGAGGGGUGUGUCGACUUCGACAUGGUCGACAACUGUUGCUGCAGAAAGGCGCGGUGGAGGCUUGGGAAAGUGUGACCGUGGUGGUAGUGCAGACAGGCUCAGAGGCGGCAGAGGUGGUGGUACAUCGCUUUCGAGAGCAUUCGGCAAACAGCCCAACGCGGCACCGUUACGGCGACACCAACGAGACGCGAAUGACGAAGUGGAUGAUGUUGAUGACAGUGUUGCGGGGAGCGGCAGCGGUGACCGCCGUCGACGACGGCGACACACCGAGUAA